UCUAACUAACAAAUCAAAAAACCCAAAUCCAAGUUCAAAUAUCCAAUGUGUGUAUUUACUACUUUAUAUAAGUUUCUCAAAUCACACACAUUAGACCUCCAUUUCUCAUUCAAAUAAAACUUCUUUUUUGACAUAUGAAUACAUUCCAACAAUUUGGACAUACUCUUUGUUAGCUACCAAUUGUACUGCAGUCCGCCAAACAUGAAGAAAACGAGACCAAAAUCUUGUUCUGUCAUAUCUAAACAAACGAAGCUUAAAUUCUAUGACCUUGCUUCAGAGUUUUUCUUUUCUUUUCAUAAUUCAAAAAUGGAGGGAAAGUAAAAACCGGUUUAAUCUUAAACUACAUGGAUUGGAGUAGAAAAGAAAGGUUUCAAUUUUCAACGCCGGUUUAUUGAAUUAUCCGAGUUUAUAUAUACAUAUUUGAGAUUGCUAGGGAUUCCAUCCAUCAUCGUCCCUGAAUCGGGUUUGAUAUAUUUUUUUGGCAAGCAAUAAUGAGAUUUAAACCUACCUCUUACCUCAAUCCUUAUUUUGGUCAUGGCCGUAGUCUCCCACGUCGUCCAUACGACAUCUGUGAAUCUCCUAUUGCGCAACGGAAGAGGGUGGUCAGGCCCAAGGAGGAGCUUCAGAUUGGAAAUUCUGAUGAGCUAAGCAACUUACCUGAAUCUGAAACUCGGGAUCAGAAGAUCUCUGAGGCUACUGCCUCCACGCCUCCACCUCUGUCAAGGUCAAGCGUGCACGACCAAUCCAUCCGCAUGGCUGAUUUGGCUUUGGAAAAGAAGAAUCACAUUAACACGAAGAAGACACCAACGCUUAAGGCAUUCGAGAGCAAAUCCAUCACCUAAGGCGUCCGUUUAUCCUAUAAUCACCAGAACCUACCGUCGCUUUCUAAUUUCCUAGUGCUUUGUAAACUUAUAACCCACAAAUAAAUGUACGAGUUGGAUUCUCAGGGUCUUGUGUUAGUAGUCCGAAAUGUUCUCGUCUGGACUUAAGUUAUGUGAAUGACAAAGGAACGGAGACGGCAAAGAGUUAGUCAAUCAAGCUCAUCAUUUUAAUCGUGGUUGCUGGCUUAGGCUAACACAAAAAGUUCCCAAAGAGCUACAGGUCCAACGUUCCUAAAGAUGUUUAUCAUUUUGUCAUUCUUGAAGCUAAAAAGAGAGCUUAAGUUAAACUCCUGUUGACUUCUCUUCUCAGUGCAUUGUAGGUUAAGAAAAUAGUGCAGAUUAGAGAAAAUCAUCCAGUUCCAGGUUGCAAGCAAGUGCUCUAGUUUGUUACUCUUAUAUAUACCCCACCACUAUUACUAGUUUUUUUUAUAAUCUUGACACAAAACGACAGUCGUUUUGGAUAUCCUAACGGUCAUCUGUUAGUCAAAGUAGUAUUUUGAGUUAUUGAAGUAAGUUCGGAGAAGAAAACUAAAUUUUAAUUAAGCUCAUGUUGUAUUUAGCACUUACUAAUUAUUUGAAUCGUAUUUGGCACGAUCAAAAUUGUUCGGGUUGAAAUACACAUUUUUUCCCUCAUCUUUCAGAGUUUUUCUUUUUUCUUUUCAUAAUUCAGAAGUAUAUCAACCAAGCCAAGGGCAAAUAAAAAUAAAUAUUUAUCUUUUUUUAUUUAAAAUAAAAUAAAUAUUUAUUUAAAAAAAUUCUAACAAAAUAUUUUAAAAAUCUUUUCAGUUGCAUUU